GACCCAAUCAUGCUUAGUCGAUUGCUCGCAAUCACUUAGUGAAGAAAUCAACUCUAGGGGAGGAAGAUAGUCUUCCCAAAUCAGAAUAAAAAUGAAGUACCUAUUGGCAAUAAGUUUAGUCUUCGCGGCAAAUUUGGCAGUUGGGUUUGGUGAAAUUCCCCCAAUCCUUUCGAUUUGUAACACCACCGAGCCGGAAUAUGCCAAGUGUCUGCAGGAUGUGGUGGAAGGGUUGCGGCCAAACAUCGCUUCCGGAGAUUACGGACCAGGUCGGAACACAACCCAGUUGGAACCGUUUAACAUUACCAAGCUGGACAUCGACAAGGGAGAUAGUUUCAAAUGUUUGCUGAGAAAUCUCUCCAUCACCGGGGUUAGCAAAUUUGUGUUCAAAAAAAUCCGUGAUGAUAUUCCGAACAAGUGGAUCAACAUCUCGACGAGAUUGCCGCUGAUGGUGACCAAGGGAAAAUACGAUCUCAAGAUGAAUCUGCUGCUGCUCAAAAUCACCGGCAAGGGAGACUUCAACUUGACGCUAAAGGAUACCCUGUGCAAUCUGAAGAUCAAGUGGUAUAUCGACGAGCAGGACGACAAACGGUUCAUCAAGUUCAACCCGAUAGAUGUACGGCUGAAGUUCGACAAGGCAAAGUUCUAUCUGGACAAUCUGUUCGGGGGAGAUCCGGCGCUGUCGGUCGUUGGAAAUGAGGCCAUCAACGCUAAUCCCAUGGUUCUGCUGGAUGAAGUUCGACCCACCCUGGAGGAAAAUCUGCGCAGUUCGCUAACGGAAAUUGCCAAUACGGUUGUGGAAGGGGCGGAAGAAGAUGAGAUUUUCCCAUCCUGAUGGGUUUUAAGUCGAUUUAAACGAAGCACCGGAAUACGAAAUUUAUGAAAACUACUGAAAACAUAUGCACAAUAUUGGAAAACAUGGAAAUUUGUGAGGGACAAAAAAAUUAAAGCAUAGGUGAUGAAAAAAAUAAAUUAAUUCUGGUGAUAAACAUGAUAA